GGGCCGGGCCCGGUGCGGAGCGAGGGGAGCAGAGGGGCUCUGCCCGCCCGCCCCGUCGCGGCAUCCCCGGGGCGCACCCGGCGACAGCUGCCGCAUUCCCCUCCUCGGCGCGCGGGGGGGUCCCGUACCCCACACCCCUCCCACCACCCCCCACACCUCGGGACCCCCUCCCCACGGCCGGCCCCGACCUCCCCGCUCCCCCCGCAGCCGUCCGCCACGUCGGGCCCCGCGGUGCGGGCGGGCGGGCGGGAGGAGCGGGGGGGGGAGCCGGGGCAGCUGCCGGCCGGGGGGGCCCGGCCCCUCCAGCACAUGUGCUGUCACUCAGCCGUCCCCGCCGUUAUUGUCGCUCCGGGCCGGGGCUGCGCCAUGGGGCCCCCGCUGCUGCUCGCCUGCCUGCUCGCCCCGCUCUGCGCCAGGGAUGCCAGCGCAGCCCUGGGCAGCCCCCCUGGCUGGCAGCACCACGAGGGGUCCCGGCGGGUGAAGAGGGCCUGGGUGAUCCCCCCCAUCAGCAUCUCCGAGAACCACAAACGCAUUCCCCACCUCCUGGUGCAGAUAAAGUCGGACAAGCAGCAGCCGGGGGGGGUGAUCUACAGCAUCAAGGGGCCGGGGGUGGAUGAGGAGCCCCUGGGCAUCUUCUCCAUCGACAAAUUCAGCGGCAAAGUGUUCCUCAAUGCCACGCUGGACCGCGAGCAGAACGACCGGUUCCGGCUGAAGGCCUUCGCGCUGGACCUGGGGGGCACAACGCUGGAGGACCCCACGGACCUGGAGAUCAUCGUGGUGGACCAGAAUGACAACCGCCCGCUGUUCCGCCGCGACGUCUUCACCGGGCGCGUGGUGGAGGGCGCUGCGCCAGGGACCUGUGUGCUGACGGUGGAGGCCACUGAUGCUGAUGACCCCGAGACGGACAACGCGGCGCUGCGGUACUCCAUCCUGCAGCAGGGCCACGGGGACAUGUUCCGCAUCAACGCCUCCACCGGGGAGAUCUGCACCGCGCGGGACGGCCUCGACCGUGAGGCCGUGGGGGUGUACAACCUGACGCUGCAGGCAGCUGACAUGUCCGGGGAUGGGCUGACCACCACCGCCACCGCCGUCAUCUACCUGGAGGACGUCAACGACAACGCUCCCGAGUUCACCAAGGAGGAGUUCUCCAUGGAGGUGGAGGAGCAGGCGGCGGGCGCAGAGGUGGGCCGUGUGUUGGUGCACGAUAAGGACCUGGCGGGAUCGCCCAACUGGGCGGCCAAGUUCACCAUCCUGGAGGGUGACCCCGAGGGGGCGUUCGCCAUCCACACCGACCCCCACACCAACGACGGCGUGCUGUCCGUGGCCAAGCCGCUGGACCACGAGGUGCGGGACCGCUUCCAGCUGACGGUGUCGGUGCAGAACCAGCGGCCGCUGGAGGCGGGGGCGGCGAGCAGCCCGCGGGCGGUGGCCACGGUGCGGGUGCGGGUGCGGGACGUCAACGAGGCGCCCGUCUUCCGCGAGAACCCGCGGCGCGUCAGCGUGCUGGAAGGGACCCCCCCGGGCACCGCCGUCACCACCUACACCGCCAGCGACCCCGACACGCGCCGCCUGCAGACCCUGACCUACGCGCUGCUGUACGACCCGGCCGGAUGGCUGCAGCUCGACCCGCGCUCCGGCACCGUGCGCACCCAGCGGGAGCUGCGGGACCCGUCCGCCUUCCUGCAGGGCGGUUGGUACAUCGCGCUGCUGCUCGCCCGCGACGACGCCGACCCGCCUCUCUCGGCCACGGGCACGCUGUCCAUUGAGAUCGUGGAGGUGAACGACCACGCUCCGCAGCUGCAGCCGCCGUCGGGGGCGGUGUGCGGGCGGCCGGGCCGGGGGGGGACCCUUCUGCUGGGCGCCAGCGACCGGGACCGGCCCCCCCACGGAGCGCCCUUCCACUUCCAGCUCAGCCCUCAGCACCCGCAGCUCGCCCGCAACUGGAGCGUCACCCGCUUCAACGUGACGCACGCGGUGCUGGCCGUGCUGGCAGAGCUGCCCGCCGGGCCCUAUUCGCUGCCGCUGCUGCUGCGGGACUCCGGACCCCCCCCCCGGGAGCAGCAGCAGCUGCUCAACGUCUCCGUGUGUCCCUGCGGCCGCGACGGGCUCUGCGAGGACGGGGUCCUGGCGGCCGCCAGCGCCGGGGUCGGGGUCGCCCUGGAGGCCCUCGUGGUCAUCGUCGGCAGCGCCGUCCUCCUCCUGAUGUUGGCUCUGCUGGGGGCCGCUCAGGUCCGGAGCCGCCGCCGGGCGCAGCGCCGGGGAUUACUGCAGCGCUGGGGGGACGACGUGCGGGACAACGUCCUCAACUACGACGAGCAGGGAGGCGGCGAGGAGGACCAGGACGCGUACGAUCUGACGCAGCUGCGGCACCCCCCGCCUCGCGGCCGCCCCCCGCUGCGUAGGGACGCGCCGCUGCGCUCCGCCACCCCCCCGGGCCCCUCCCGGCGCCCGCCCCGCGGCCCGUCCGACAUCGAGGAUUUCAUCAACGAGGGGUUGGAGGCGGCCGACAGCGACCCCAGCGUUCCCCCCUACGACACCGCGCUCAUCUACGACUACGAGGGCUCGGGCUCGGCGGGCAGCGCGCUCAGCUCCAUCGUCUCCAGCCUGACGGACGGGGACCAGGACUACGAUUACCUGCGGGAGUGGGGGCCGCGCUUCCGCCGCCUGGCCGACCUCUACGGGCCGUGAAGGACCCCCCCCGCCCCAACCCCCCGUCCAGCAGCCGGGCAACGCGGUGGCUCCGAGCGCAGCCGGUGCCGCUGCCGGGCCCCGCGCUGGGGAGGGUCCCUCCUCCUCCCCCAAUAAAGCUCCCGCCCCCGGCCGUA